AUGGUCUCGUCGCUUCCUGCUCUUGGAAUCUUCAUGAUCCUUGCAGAUGUCACACAUGCUGCAUUCAAACCUCCAUUUAACAAUACUCUAGAACGAGGGGUAGCAACUGAAUGUAAGACUUGUCCUUAUUCACUUUGUACCAACAAAGAAUACUACGACUACGACACCGUCGUAUCGCUCAUUUGUUGGACUACAGGAACAGUAAUUGGUGGUGAUAGUACAUGGUUGAGAACAAGCGACGACUGCUAUAUAACCCAAUACGACCUUACCGAUUAUGCUGGAGAAUAUGAAGACGAUCUAAGCUUUUGUGGUCAUGAUUCUACCAUUGAACACUAUACUACCGCUCCUGCAACCACAAAGUACAAUACAGAAUGUAAUCUCUGCGACGACAACGCGGAUUGUGCUAUAAUCAAAUAUCUGAAAUAUGGAACUGAUAUUACGGUGACUUGCUGGACUGAUCAGGGAGACCUUGUAAUCAAUGAUAGUACAUGGUUAAAAACCACCGAUAACUGCUACGUCGCACAAAUCGGACUCGAAGAGCCCGCCAAUAAAGCCAAACUCGACUACUGCGGUCCCGUAGGCUUCCUCCAACUAAACUACACAGAGCCAGAAAAACGUUCAUCUUCUCCGCUCAAUAAAAACGAAAUCCCCCCACAUCCUCUCACUAAACAUUUACCCCCUUCCUCAUCUAACACUCUCAACAAACGCUACCUUCUUAACAUAACAGUAGGCGAAGACUAUGCUCCUUGCUAUAGUGCACCUUCUUCAUCAAGUCAUUUAGUGAAGAAAUAUGAAUGGGGAUCAUGGUGUUUGGGUACAGUGUUAUGUGAGUGA